AUGGAGUUAAUAGGAUUACAAGAAUUUGCUAAGCUUAACAAUAUACUUAAUGUUUUGAUUAGUGUUCAUGAAGCAGCAAUUGCACAAUCAACAUCAAUUAAUAUUGGUAUCAAAUUGUCAUUCUAG